AUGGAUGAGGACAAAGAGAAAGAAGCACUUGAUGACAAAGAAAGGAGGUAAGCCAACAACUUUACGUCUCUAAAGGGCAUUCGAACCUUGUACUUGACACUUCCAAAAGUACAAAAUAAACGAUAACUAGAAGUUGGAAAAUAAAGGUAAUGGAUGUUUUAUAGGAAGAAAAACUUGGAGGAGAAGGCACAACAACGUCCAGAUGACCGUCUUCAGUUCACCUGUUGUGUUUGUGGACUUGCUGAGCUGACAAAAUAUGGGAAGUUGGAGCAUAAAACUAUAAGGUAAUUGAUUUAAAUUCAAAAUUUUGUUAUCCACUAACUCUAUACUUUCAGUACUCACGAGGAGGUCUUCUACAUCCCUGACCCAUUCGUUCCCUAUGAUGUUCACAAAGUCGACUUCCGAGUUAGCGAUUUUGUGAUCUUCGGUUCCAAGUGUAGUAUUUGCCAAUCACCCGUGUGCGUGUCAAAAGUAAGCAUCGAACACUAACUAAUACUUAUAUCCGUUUCGAAAUUUUGAAAAGCCGAACAUGGGAAACAAUCUUUUUUGUGCUUCAGCCCAUUUGGCAAGUAUGAAGUAGAAUAUUGUCAAGCAUAAUGUAAAUAUUUAGGCGUGUUCCCUUUUUUACAACUCCACCUACUGUCUCUAUUGUGUGGAACGCGAACAUCAUCGAUUCCCCAAAGAAAUAAUCAACGUAAGAUGAAAGAUUCACGUGAAAUUCACGGUUUUUAGGACCUGCAAAAGAGAUUCAGUCAAAUGGCAAAGAAUUCAGAAGGCCAAGUGGAGAUUCAAAAAGAAAAAGAACAGACCACGAAGGAAGGAGAAGUACAAGAUCAAUGA